AGUUGAUGAUCAGUUCAGACAUGCUAAAGACCAACGUCCAGUAAACAACAUUCACAGCAUCAAAACAUCGAUUUAAAGAGUGAUUUAAUGAGAUCGCAUUUAAAUGUCAAAGCAACAAAUGCAAGAAGAGAAAACGUCAAUGCAGGCAGUGUGUGUUGAUGAAUCAGGGAAGCUGGAUUUGAAACAUAUUCCACGGCCUGAACCCAAAGAUGAGCAGCUCCUCAUCAGAGUCGCCGCAACUGCUUUAAACAGAGCUGACCUACUACAGAAAAGGGGUCUUUACCCUCCUCCUCCUGGAGCGAGUGAGAUCUUGGGUCUGGAGGCCAGCGGUGUGAUCGCUGACAUCGGUCCUGGGGUCAAAGGGAAUUGGAAACUUGGAAGUAAAGUAAUGGCUUUACUCGGAGGAGGAGGCUAUGCAGAAUAUGUAGCUGUUCCAGAAGAACUCGUCAUGCCUGUCCCAUCACCCCUCACUCUUUAUCAAGCUGCAGCUCUUCCUGAGGCCUGGCUGACUGCCUACCAACUUCUGCACUUCAUAGCCAAAGUGAAGCCGAAUGAGACGGUGUUGAUUCAUGCUGGAGCGAGUGGAAUCGGCACCGCUGCCAUUCAGCUGGUUCGCUUGUGCCGUGCGAUUCCUGUAGUAACAGCAGGGAGUUCGGAAAAGUUAAAAUUUGCAGAGCAGAUGGGAGCAGCUGCAGGAGUCAAUUACAAAGAGGAGGAUUUUUCUGAAAAAGUACUGCAGUUCACUGAAGGCAAGGGGGCUGAUGUAAUUCUGGACUGUGUUGGUGGAUCUUUUUGGGAGAAGAACAUUUGUAGCCUUGCAACAGAUGGACGAUGGGUGCUUUAUGGCAUGUUGGGAGGUAAAACGGCCGAUGGAGACGUGCUUGGCAAGCUUUUGAGGAAGAGAGGCAAUCUUCUUUGCAGUCUCCUCAGAUCAAGAAGUUUACAGUAUAAAGCAGAGCUGGUCCGGAGUUUCACAGAGCAGGUUUUGCCGCACUUCCAGUCAACAGAUCCUCCCUUGUGGCCUGUGAUAGACAGCAUGUUCAACAUGGAGGAUGUUGAAAUGGCUCAUCAACGUAUGGAGGCCAACAAAAAUAUUGGGAAAAUAAUCAUCAAAAUUGGAAACUCUUGAUCAUAUACAAUAAUCAGCGUAGAUCGUCUGUUCGAAUCCCGGCUCGAGGACCUUUCCCGAUCACUCUUGUAUUAUAAUAAAGGCAAAACACCAAAAAAAAAACGGCAUAGAUGUUUAAUUAGUAAUUAUGACAUAAGACUUAUACUGUAAUAAUUCUGAAUGGAGUAAAUCAUUAAGACCACUUACAAAAUCUAUU